AUUCGCCUUAUCACGUUCUUCCCUGCUCUCCCUCCACCCGGACUCUGUCAUUUCUAUUUUUUUCUUAAAUUUCCCAUCUUUCAUUUUUUUCUUCAAAUUUUCCUUUGUUUUCUUACAGGAAUGCAUCUUUGGCUCAUACCUGCAACCUCAAAUGCCUGCGAUUCGUCGUGACUAUUCUCUUAUUGCUUUUAUCUAAUGUUUGGUUUCUUGUUCUGCAAUUAGGGUUCGCGGUUUCAGCUUCUAUUUCCGAAUAUAGCAUCAAACAAUCAGAUAUCCUUGGUUGUUAAUACAGGAAUAAGUUGAAUUGGUGUAUAGGAAGAUGUCUUCGCCAUAUCCAAUUCUUGACAAUCGACCAAUUGAUCAAUGGAAAGUGACAGAGUUGAAGGAAGAGCUCAAGAGGCGGAAAUUAAAGAUGACUGGGUUGAAAGAUGAUUUGAUAAAGCGGUUGAAUGAAGCAAUUCUCAUUGAGAGGGAGGCUUUGGAGAGAGAAGCAAACAAAGCUGUUGUUUGUGAGCCUGAACCUGUGGUUAAGGGUGGGGAUAUGGGGGCAAAGCCUAAUAAUCAUGUUGAAAUGACUGGAGAUACUGGGAAUCCUGGUAGAAACAAAAGUGAAAAGUUGGAUGAUUUUGUUCGUGUGGUUGAGAUUGUUGAUGGUCCAACUGAGCUGGGUACUGGGUCUGCCACCACGAUUGGGGAACUGGUGGUUUCAGAGGCUUCCAUGGAAACUAGUGGAAUGGUUGACAAGGCUGUGAUAGUCCAGAUUGCAUCCAAAGUGAAAUCUUCUGAAAACGAGGAAGUGAAAUCUGCUGAAAACGAUGAAGUGAAAUCUGCUGAAAACGAUGAAGUGAAAUCGGCAGAAAAUGAUGAAAUCAAGACAGAGAGUGAGAAUUCAAAGCCUCCCCAAAUAGAUGCGGUGCCUAAUGUUUCCAGUCCAAACAACCAGGUAUAUGAGGUCAGCCCUGUUUUAGGGUUUCAAGUAGAGUCUGAAUCUAUUUCUAGUGAUUCUGUGUCAAUUAAUGAAAAGAAUGAACUAAAGGAUAAUUUAAAUGCUGAUAAUGUCAAUUUAGAAUUAGAAGUUGUUAAGAUGGAGAUGGUGCAACCAUCAUCUCAAGAAGUCCCUCCCAGUGAUGGCAAUUUACACCCACUGGAUGAUCAAAAGCCAUGUGAGAACCAGGACUCUGUAGAGGAAACAGAUGACAACAAAUCUAAGCAUGUGGAUUUUUGUGGAAAAAACGAUGAUGCAGGUGGGGGUUCACCUGUAAAAUUGAACUUAGACCAACAUACAGCUAAUAAUUUAGUGGAUGAUGGUGUAUUGGAGAAUAAGCAAAUUGAUUCAAAUCACAUAUCCAAUGAAGUAGAAGACAAGAUUGAGCUUACUGAAAUGUCUUUUACAAAAGACAAAAAUCCUGUUCGUGAUGUUGUGCUUGAUUUGUAUCCCGAAGAGAUGGAAACAUCUGCAGAAAAGAAGAAUAGCAUCACUGCUCCUUCUGAGGAAAGUAACUUACAAGAUGACAAUAAAGCUAAAUAUUUGGAUCUUCACAAGGGAAGUGAAAUGGCAGAUGGGGGGUCACUGGAGAAAUUAAUUUUGGAUCAUUCUUCGGCAGAUGAUUCUAUGGAGGAGGAUGCAUUGGAGACGAAGCAGACUGACUCAAAUCAUAAUUCUAGUGAAGUGGGGAAUAAGAUUGAGAUGACUGAAGUUACUGGUUCCAAGGUGGGAGGUAAAGUUGAUGAUGUGGGGACUGAUUUAUCUUCUGACAGGACGGUGCCUCCUUCUGAAAAGAAAGAUAAUGUUGCCACUCUGGAGAAAAGGAAGUUUCAAGAUGAAGGAGUUGGGAUCAAUGAAACUCCGAAGAGGCAGCGUAGGUGGAAUAAUGAAAGCCUCAAAAUUCCUGAGCCACAAAGCUCUAAUCUUACACCAUCUACAACACCUAAGGAUUCAUUUCAUGCUUCAAGACUGAAGCGCAACCUCACAAGGUCUGACUCUACAGUUAGUGGAGAUGCACCAAAGGAACGAAUUGUACCGAUGUCACCAAAACCUCCAACAAAUUCUCUUAGAAUUGAUCGCUUUUUGCGUCCUUUUACCCUGAAAGCUGUGCAAGAACUUCUAGCUAAAACUGGGAAUGUCUGCAGUUUCUGGAUGGACCAUAUCAAAACCCAUUGCUAUGUCACAUACUCAUCAGUAGAAGAAGCUAAAGAAACGCGAAAUGCUCUCUACAAUCUUCAAUGGCCUCCAAAUGGAGGGCGCCUCCUAGUGGCUGAGUAUGUUGAUCCCCAAGAAGUGAAGUCACGGGUAGAUGCUCCACCCCAAUCUCCAGCCACACCAGUUAGUGCUGGUCCAUCUGUUCCUGCGGCAUCAUCUCCCGUUCAGACACCACCCUCAGUGCGUCAGCAUGGCCUCAAGCAACAACUUCCACCCCCACCUCCCGUACUUCAGCCGCCACCUGUUUCUAAGCCACCUACAGCAAGGGAACGUAUUCAACUUCCUCCACCGCCUCCAGUCCCUGAGAAAGUAGAUGCACCAAUUGUUACCUUGGACGACCUAUUCAGGAAAACGAAGACCACCCCUCGGAUCUACUACCUCCCCUUGUCAGAUGAGCAGGUUGCCGCAAAAACGAAGAAGUAGAGAUGGGGAGAUGGGUGCCGAUAUUUGUUGGAAUCACAAGUGCAGCUGUGUGUAGGAUGUUAACAAAACUAUUAUGAUGUAAUUAUAUCAGUUGGGCAGUUGUUGUAGGCAGGUAGAGAGAGAGAGGCUUAUAUUAAUGGUUGUGAUCUGAUUUGUUUAAGGAAUUUACGUGAGAAUCGGUUCAGGUCUCUCCAGGUCCAUUACCUUGAGGUGGAAUAAAACCCAGUUGGUAUAUUGUUCACCGGACAAUGAUGGUUUUCGGAUGCGUUCCUUUAAAUAGUUUCCCCUCCUUAUCCUUC